AUGGCCCCCAUGAAGGCAAUGAAGGCCACGGGAGCUGCCAAGAGCAUGAAGGUGAUGAAGAUGAAGGCGGUCCGCGCCAUGCCGAAGAGUGGCAUUGCCGCUCAGGUGGCCGAGAGCACGGGCUUGAAGAAGAGCGAGGUGACGCAGGUGCUGUCUUCCUUGGCUGACAUCGGUGCCACGGAGGUGAAGAAGACGGGCAAGUUUGUCCUUCCCGGACUCUUCAUGAUCAAGACCCGCACAAAGGCAGCCACCAAGGCCGGCACGCGCGUUAUGUUUGGCAAGGAAAUGACAGUCAAGGCGCAGCCGGCAAAGACGGUGGUCAAGGCCUAUCCGGUGAAGGCAGUGAAGGACCAGUUCUGA